GUCCCGGUUAUUGCGCUAUAGAGAAUGUGAGCCCGUGGAGUGUUUACGUGAAGUGAUUUAGAUUUCGGUGAAAUUAGCUCAAAAGAACUAUCCAAUUGCAAGUGUUGUACCUGAAAUUAAACAUGAAUACACAAGAGAAGUUCGAGAAAAUAUUGGAAAGCUUCCUGCACAAGAAUUACAGAACAACAAACGAUGUCUACAUGGAGCUGCUCUUAUCGCAUUUGUCCGGGAAACUGGGCAAGGUUUCAGGCCACAAUGCUCUAUUGAAGUCUCCAUUCGUCCUUGUUUGGUUGGAAAAAUGUUUGACCGUAUUAGAAACCGACUCGAGUCAAUUACGAACUGAAGUAAUUGCCUUCAUGUUGAGGUUGAGUGCGCUUGUCGUAGAGAAUGAAUGGUUGCUGGCGCCAAUACGAGAAAAACGCAUAUUUCUCCGUAUUCACGACUUCUUAUGCUCAAAAGAAGGCACAAUGCCACCAAUGGUGAAAUUCGGUCAUGUUCAAUUCCUUGCUUCAGCUAACAAGUACAGCCUGGGACUAGGCUGGAUGAAGCAAACAGGCUCCUGGCGUUCAUUAAUUAGUUAUUGCCAACGCAAUCAAACUCUGUAUGUCGUGCGGGAAGCCGAAAAACUUCUCUAUGAUAUUUUGUAUAAUUACUCGGUGAAUCUGGACGAUGAGGAGCAAUGCAUUGAAAUGUUAAAUGAGAUCAUGAAGCCUUUAAUGGAAAGUGUAUUCAGCGAAGAUGCAGUGACGAUUUACGUUGAUGAUACCGAAUUGCAGCAGAAAUUAACACCAACAUUGCACUUGAUCAGUUUCAUACUACUGAAAUGUAUUGAAAGCGAAGUUAAAACUAAAAUUGCACAUUAUUUGCAGAAAACAUUUAAUUUGAACUUGAAUCUUUGGAAGUUGGCAAGUAUGACUCAAAAUGAACAGUUCAUGUUGAAAAUCUUCAAAACCUACGCCUUCCUUAACUACGCCCAAUUGCUUUAUGAUAAAUGGACUGGCGGCCAAAUACCACCAGCCGAAUUCAAUCGAUUUGGAAUGAACUUCUUCAAUGUGAUGAAAUUCUGUAUAUCGCGAAAAAGUUGCAUUAACGUUCUGAAAUUGGCGGAGAUCAAUCACAAACUGUGGAUCAAACUGGGUCCCCGAGCUCCAAACGAAAUUAUUAUUGAGAAUGAAUGCAUAAAAUUUGAGAACCAGUUGAUCAUGUACCACGUUAUACCGGUUCUCUUCACGUUUCGGUAUCAUAGACGCCUUGAGGAGGAGUUAUUCGACAACUAUAUGAUGAAGUUACUUUCAAUUUCCUGUGAGUUCACAUUGCGUGCCUGCUACUCCUACCGAGAUACUUUUUAUGAACAAAUUGAUAAGGUUCCGGAAUAUGCCUACAAAUCAAUACAUGGCAUUCUUUCGCUGGGUGAACUUUUGCAUCAAGACCGGGCCAUUCUGAUAUUUCAAACAAUGGCAUAUGCCUUGAAGGAGUUUGCAACAGAUGGAACAGUCCAUGCCCAUCCAAAGGCAGAUACAGAUUUACUUGUGAAAAUGCCAAAUCUAUUGUCGGCUGUUCUGGUAGGUUUGGAAGCGCUUAUACAUCGCUACAACAUAACAUGGAAGGAAUCGCUUGAAUCUACAUAUUUGCUGCACUUCACAAUGGCACUUUUGAACAAUCCCAACAUCACACAAAUACUAACUGUCCAGGCGCUGAAAUUAACUCAAACAUGUAUUGAGCACUUCUUGUCACCCAACUUGGCUUUGUUAGUGGACAAUUUUCAAGGCUCAGCUUUGCAACAUUUAGGGCCGAUAAUGAUGAAAAGAUUGCAUGAUAAUUCUUGGGAGGUCCGCGACAGCACCGUGGAAUUGGUAACGUCAAUGACCUGCAUAUCAUGCCUGAAAUUCCCAGCGUUCCAGGAAUAUAUCUUGGAUAGUGGGAUAUGUCCGGUGAUUUGGUCGAUGGCUAAAAACGAUUUGGAACCGUACGUACGUGCAUCUGCGCUCAAGUGCCUUAAUCAAAUGACUCAGAUCAAUUUAAUCUGGGAAAAUUGCUUAAGUCAAUACGACAUCAUGGACCAUCUUCUAAAAGUAUCUUGUGUCGAACCUGAGGGAAUUGUACGAAAAGAAGCCGUGUUACUCGUCACUCGAAUCUUCAGUAAGCGCAAAGUAGCGCCUCACCAUCUGGAUCUACUCUUCUCGACCAUGGUUCAUUGCACUGUAAUAGACUUACAUUGGGAAGUCAAGUAUAACGGAUUAGUCUUCUGGAAAGUCAUGAUAUACGCAGGCUUCGAAAAUCAAGGAAUGAUCGACGGUACUUUCCCUUCUGUUACUUUCUCAAAAGAAAAGAAGAAAAUUAUUACCCUAACGCAAAAGGAAAUUCUAUUGCGAAUCGAAAAGAUCUUGACAGAAUGUGCGGAUCGCGGAUGUCUCGGGGUAAUUAUGGCAUGUUUGAAUGAUACUUGUGAUUUAGAGGUUUCGAAGAGAGCCAUUGCGAUUGCGAAAAGAUUUCAAGGUUUUCUAAUACGCUAUGAGUUCACUGAUUACUUUUUGGAAAAGAAUGUCCAAGUAGCCGGCAUUAACACUAUGUCUAGCUUGGACGGAAGAGAAAACACACUCACAAACAAUCAAAUAGCUACAAAACGUGAAAACAUUAGCGAAGACGUUAACAUGGCUCAGGACCAAAUAAUUGAAUCUAUCAUAAGCGCUCAAGAUAUUAAUUUACUGUCCGAAGCCUAUGAGAAACAAAUGCAAAUGGGCGAUGAAUGCCCGGGGGAUGAAAUUCACAUCGAUCCUAAUUUGUACAGAGCAUACGCUCAGGUACGGCCAAUCGAUUUCGUUAGGGCAUUGAAAGUAAUGGAUUUAGACGCGCUGAUAAAUGAAAGAACAGAUUGGAUUGCGAAAAAUGAAAGUUUCGAUUCAUUGCUAGAUGAUAUGAUAUUUUCGAUUCAAACAUUAGAUGUGAAUGCAGCCGAUUGUUAUUAAAAUGCAUUUUAAAUCUGCCACAUCUGGAGGCUCGUGGGUACGGAAUACAGGUUCCGGCUCACAAGUAUGAGAAAUAAGAAACGGCAUAUGUUAAGAGAACAGGGAAACAGCCAAUAUUCCUUCUGUUAUAAAUUCAUUUUGUAGAGAAUAAUGAAAGUACGGUUAAGUCUGUGGUGCAUACUGUCCGUCAUUUCCGUCGCGUUGAGGCAGUUCGAAACGGUAGAUAAGGAACUAGGAUCGAAGUUAGAAAGAUCGAGAAAAAGUCUAAAUGAGAGAGACGAAGUUUUUUUUGAGAAUUUUAUCACAGUAUUGUCUGUGAAAAUUGUUUUAUAUUGUUAUGCAUUUAUAUUGGAAAUAUAAACUGUAAAAUAUA